CACGUGUGAAAAUUGAAGAUUAUAAACUAAAUAAGUAUGAUAAGAUUUGGUACGAUGUUUGAUAACCGAGAAAUUGGAAAACGAAUACGACGGUUAAUUGAUGGAAAUUACUCAUGUCGUAAGAUACUCAUAUUAUUUAUUAUGUGUGGUGGAAUAUUUCUAUAUUUUGGUCCAUCUUUUGUACAGUGGAUUGUUUCUUCCACUAGAGAAUCAACGCAAGCAAUCGAGGAUCGUUGUAUGAACGAAAGACUAGCUCCCUUCCAUUUAGAUAUUGCGGAGUAUAAUGUAAACAUCCUCCAUAACCCACCAAAGGUUGGAGAGCAUCAUUAUUUGCCAUAUAUUGGCAAUGGAAUUUUUGCAAUUCCUAUUUUACCAGAAGCUUUAAUAUACAUAAAACGAGGCCGAGCACUAUCGUUGCCUGUACAGUGGCAGCCACUAAUUUUCCAUCCUUUGCUCAAAAGCAGUUUUUAUCGUGAAGCUACAGUUACUCACUUUACAAAUGGGAUUGUUUAUCGUUAUCUGUGUCUUAGAGAAGGAUAUUACAUGGAAUUCCAAUAUUAUGCUCAUAGAAUACUUGAUUCGAUAUUAGUACAGGAUAUAAAAAUAACUAAUCCACUGUCACUUUCUCAAAAUGUACCACUGAAGCCACAGAUGUCUACUCAUUGGAGUAAUUACCGCAUAGAAGUGAUCAAAAUUCCGGGACAAAAUGUUAUGCACGAGUAUAACCUAAUUUCGGGGUUUAUUCCAUUAUCAAACUCAAAUAAGGUUGUUACAAUAUCUAUAAUUUAUAAAACACCACCCAGAAUGUUACAAAUUAAUGCAAGAAGUUCUACGAAAUUAAAGAUUUUGACAAGCAUACAGUAUAGUGAACCUAUACUCAUGGAAGAACACCAUAUUCAGUAUGAAAUAACAAAAAGAAAAGCCAUCGAAGCAAUUAGGAAAGCAAUCAGCCUUCAGCAUCAAAAUUUAAAAGAAGAUCAUAUUAAUCUUUGGCAAAGUUAUUGGUAUACAGGUCUUAGAAUAAGUGAUUCCAAAGCUGAUGGUGCAAUAAAUGGGCACAAAAUAAAUUCUACUAUAUACUAUGUAUUGUCUCAAAUUUCAAAGGGUAUUGCAGAUGUAGAAAAAAAUGUAGCCAUGAAUGAAGGUUGUUAUCGCGGACACCAUACUUUAGAUGCUCCACGAUUAUGGAAAGAUACUUCCUCUAUCGAUGCUGUAAACAACGUAGUUGAAGCGUGGUUAAUAACAUUAGAAAAACAAGGAUGUCAUCAUUUAAUGAUUGGUGAUCCUGCAGCUGUGCAACAAGCUAUUGUUUUAAGCCUUGGCAGUUUACGUUUUAGUAAUCAACAUCUUGAAUUUAAUAUUGACCCACAAUACCUUCAUCGAGAUUACUUAUUUAGGAGAAUAAGUUACGGCAAUGUAACGCAUUUAAAUAUAUCAGUAACAGUUGGAGAAGAUAAUCGUGCAAUCUUAAGAGUAGCUUUAGACAAGAGUGAUAGUGUUUACUUUGGCUGUGAUGCUGGUUGUCUAAAUGCGCCAGUUUCAUUAAGUCAAUCGUAUGCAAAAAUUCCAGUAAAAUUAACAAAACCAUUAACAGCCAUAUUAUACAUAACAUCUGAUUAUCAACAUAUGCAAGAUCUACGAAAUGCUUUACAUGUACACGCCAUAGAUGAUGCUCCAGCGCAUGAUCAUCUUGUAAUGGCUUUACAUAAACAUGGGCAUCAAUUAGGAGGAUUACCAACACUUUUUUGGAUCAGUAUAUGCUUUCUUAUAAUAGUGUUUCAUUUGUUUCUUUGUAAACUUAUUAUUAAUGAAUAUCAUGGCCAUCAAGAUAAACAAAGAGUAAGAUAUAGCAAGUUAUGA